UGGUCACUUAAGGCUUAGCAGGCAUUGACCUCCGCUGAUGAUUUUCCCACAGCUCGGAACAUCACCCCUGCACUUUGCAGCCCAGUAUGGCCAUUACUCCACGGCGGAGGUGCUCCUGCGGGCUGGCAUCAGCAGGGACGCCCGGACCAAAGUGGACAGGACCCCUUUGCACAUGGCCGCCGCCGAUGGACACACACACAUUGUGGAGCUGCUAGUCAGGAACGGCGCGGAUGUGAAUGCCAAGGACAUGCUGAAGAUGACAGCUUUGCACUGGGCCACGGAACGCCUCCAUCAAGAUGUUGUCAGGCUGCUUCUCCAAUAUGGAGCCGAUGUAUAUGCUUCCAGCAAGUUCGAUAAAUCUGCCUUUGACAUAGCCCUGGAGAAGAACGACGUUGAUAUUCUGGUCAUCCUGCAGGAGGCAAUGCAGAGUCAGGUCAACACUCACCCGGAGAGGGAUAGAGCCAGCCCCAGGACUGUGGCCACCCCGUUCCUCAUCACCUCAGGAGGAGUGGUCAGCUUGGCUGGCAUUGUUCCCUCAGCCAGGGCCAAGAUCGCUGCAGCUGCCCCCAACUCUUGCCCCUCAGCCGAGAGCUUCUCCGCUUCUCCCUCCUCAGUGUCGGCUGCCCUGGCCGCUCUAGGGAAGCCUCAGCCCAUAUUUCUCUCACUCAGAGCCACAGUGAAUACCGAGGAAAUCCCAGAUGGAAAUUUUGUCGACUCCUCAGUCCAGCAUCUGAUGGGAAGUAGCAGCCAAAGGUUCAUCACCAUAGUUUCCAAUGGAGUCCCCUUGGGUCACAUUCAGACCGCAAUCCCCGCUGAAGGCAUCAGCCAGCCCCUUCUUGUCACAACGCAGAACAGACAGCAAGUUCUCACAGUACCUCCUGGUGUGGUUGCAGAGGAGACUGUAGUUGAAGAAGAGGAAGAAGAAGUAAUGGAGAGUUGGCCACUGACUAAGAAACUGAGGCUCGAAGAGAUGACGAGCAGAGGGCAGGCUGGCACUGAGAAAGAAUCACUCCAGCGACAGCUCCAGGAGGCCAACAGGAGAGCCCAAGAGUACCGAUACCAGCUCCUGAGGAAAGAGAAGGAGGCGGAACAGUAUCGGCGCCAGCUGGAGGCCAUGGCUCACCAGCAGCCCAACGGGGUCAACUUCACUGUGGUCAGAGAGAUGGCAGAGGUCACCUCCAUGGUCGUCACAGCGCGGGAAAGGGAAGCGAGAGAAAUGAGGGAAUGAGAGUGGCCAGGACAAGAGACCACGGAACCGCAUCCUGGAAUUUCCAUGGAGACCGUCUCCUCUUAACGUGUGAGGUCCACAGCUCGGCUUGUGCUGCGUCCGCACUUUUCCCUCUUGUUAUGUGAAGACAGGUGACCGACCACCA